UUCAUAUAAAUUUAUGGAUAGUUGUUUUUAGAAGAAAAUUUUAGAUAAUUUGAUUUUUGUAAAAAAUACCAAAGAAGAAAAUAUUUUGCGUAAUUCGAUUUUUUGGAUAAUUCCGUUUAUAAGAUAGUGUUUUAAUGAUAUUUUGUUAUUUUAAAACUAAAUAUAAUUAUUUGAGGUAUAUAAACUAUAUAUAAAAAAAAUUCAUCAUUCAUGAUUUGGUUCUGAGUUCGGUUUUUAUUUUUCGGUUUCAUAGAUAUAAUUAAAAUCCAUUCGGAUAUUUAUGAAAUUUGGUUUGAUUUCAGUUUUUUAAGUUCACCACUCUUGAGUCUUCGUCACUAUGACAUAAUUCAUAAUAACCAAUGAUAUUUUCACAUAUGAUUUUUGAUAAUGAUUUCUCAUAUGCCUAUGGCUUUUAUACAUAUCACUUUAGGUUUGAUAGACCUCUUGUGUGCUUAGCCGUAAAGCAAAACGCUUUUCAUAAGAGCUUAUGAAUACUAUGCGACCCUUUUGUUAUCAUCACAACGUGUGGAUAAAUCAACCUUUAAACUAGUAAUUUCCCUCUAUCAAAAUACAAGUGGUUGAAAUAUAAUGCAUAGCUCAUUAGUCUUGUAGGCAUAUGAUUAGCAAAUUUACUUAGUUUCUAGGAGAUGAUUGUCGACAAUUCAUAAUGGUUAAGGAGUAUAUAAUAGCGCUUAUAUUUUUAGGUAUCGAUUGAAUUACAUGGUCCCAUCAUAUAGGUUUUGAUGUGUCCUCGUUAAUGUGUGCACACAUGCAGCUAAAAGAUUGUUCUAAGUUGAAAAGUUGUUAGUCUACUCCAUUUCAAGAAUGAAUCGUUCUAACUAUAUUGGUGUGAUCAUAAUCAUUAGAAGCCGUAGUUUUCUUUUCCUUUGUGAGUGUCAAGUAUGGGACCAUGAAGAAGAAACAGUGGAAUGAUAGAUGGAGUGAGAAUGACGACUCACAGAGCAUCACUAACAUUCAUAUCCCGUUAACUCUUCUAUCAACCAUCAUCAUCAUAAACAACUUAAUAUCGAAGCUUUCUUAGUUUUUGUUUUAUGUUAUAAGCUUUGGCGUGCAUCGGGGCAAAGUGAUCAUGACGACUGAGAGGACACAAACACACAUUCCAAACAGGUGUGUACAUUUUCUCUAUUGGUGGGACCUUGAUUUUGGAGACAACGUUUUCGCUUUGGCUUUGAGCACUUGGAAGUUUCUCUAUUGGCUUCCUCACACGACUAAGAGUCUAAUUCGAUGCAAUACACUAUAUGACACUUAUUCAAACCUAAAAUGUAAUAAUUCAAGGAUAGGAAAAGCAAUUUUGUUUUAUAUGCUACUAAAUCAAGUUUUAAAUUCAGCUAAAUAAGAAAACAUACUAAACUCCAAAAUUUUAUGGGUACCAAAAUGGUAGAAGUAAAUUGAUUUUUCCAAAGAAGCAAAAGCGACUCUAUCCUUUUUUGUCAUUUGAAAUUCAUUAAAACCAAGAAAAUGAUACAUGGAUACGUGGGUUCGAUUUCUGAUUAAUAUUAAAUUAGUGUAUAUAAUUUACAAGAAUACUAUGCAUGUAAAAUCCAAAUUAUCAUGAAUUUUGGUAAACUAGUUUAUUGCAAAUUUGUUAUAAUUAUUAAAAAAAUUGUGAUAAAAAUUGUUACCAAAACACAAAUAGCUGACCUGUCACAGACAUCGCAUAUACGUGGCACAUGACUUACGACCCCACCCCCACAAGCUCUUCUUCCCUGCCGAUCUGUCACUCCGACCCUCAGGUUCGGACGGCCGUUUUCCCUGUUACAGAAAAACUACAUUAUUGUAAUAGUAUUUCACUGACACAGUCGAAUCAUAAAUGUAAAACACUUUUUCAUUCUAGAAUUUAUUACUCUUUUCUUCACAAAGUCACCAAACAUCUUUUGCUUUCCAAAACAAAAAGCAGAGGAGGAAGAAGAAGAAGAACAAAGAAAGAAUACUCCGCUCUUGAUCUCGCUUCCUUCUCAAGCCAUCUUCAUUACCAUUUCUUUUGUCCCUCUCUCUCACACACUUCUGUCCGAAGAAAUCUUUUUUUCCUCUUCUUCUUUAAAUCCGCCAUUUAAACUCCCACAAACACACCAUCCUCUCUUUCCGACAUACACGUACGAUCCAUUUAUCAAGAGUUUUUUUUUUUUUACUUGUAACGGCUAGUAACUUGAAGAACAUGAGAUUUGCUUCUUUGAGUUUGGUUCCGGUUCUGCUUCUUCUACUACGAUGGGAGCCUUUCACGGAGGCAAUGAUCAACCCAGUUGACUUCUUAGCUCUCCAAGCGCUACGAAAGUCUCUCGACGACUUGCCGGGUUCCAAUUUCUUCGACUCCUGGGACUUCACCGGCGACCCUUGCAGCUUCGCCGGCGUUUACUGCGACGGAGACAACGUCACCGCCCUUAACCUCGGCGAUCCAAGAGCCGGGUCGCCCGGUUUAUCGGGCCGGAUCGACCCGGCCAUCGGAAAGCUCUACGCUUUAACGGAGCUCAUGAUCGUCCCGGGUCGGAUCAUGGGUUCGUUACCCGACACGAUCUCCCACUCCAAAAAUCUCCGGUUUUUAGCAAUCACCAGAAACUUCAUCUCCGGCGAGAUUCCGGCGAGUCUCGGCGAGCUUCGCGGACUUAGAACGCUUGAUCUGAGUUAUAAUCAGUUAACCGGGUCGGUUCCUCCGUCGAUCGGAUCCUUACCGGAGCUAUCCAAUUUGAUUUUAUGUCACAAUCAUUUAAACGGCUCGCUUCCUCGGUUCUUCUCUCAGACACUAACCAGAAUCGAUCUCAAACGCAACAACCUCACCGGUGCAAUUUCUCAAACGUCUCUACCGCCUUCGCUACAAUACUUAUCACUCGGUUGGAACCAGUUAACCGGUCCGGUAAACCAGGUUUUACUCAGAUUAAACCAGCUCAGCUACCUCGAUCUCAGCUUAAACCGGUUUACUGGCGCGAUUCCCGGUCAGAUCUUUGCUUUCCCGAUCACGAAUCUCCAGCUACAGCGUAAUUUCUUCUACGGAGUGGUUCAACCGGCGAAUGAGGUGACGAUUGCAACCGUCGAUUUGAGCUUUAACCGAUUCUCCGGCGAGAUUUCUCCGCUUCUCUCCAGCGUGCAGAAUCUCUAUCUGAACAAUAACCGGUUCACCGGUCAAGUCCCGGUUACCUUCGUGGAUCGGUUAUUGGCAUCGGGUAUACAAACGCUAUACCUUCAGCAUAAUUUCUUGACGGGGAUACAGAUUAGUCCGGCGGCGGAUAUUCCGGUGAGCAGCUCUUUGUGUCUUCAGUACAACUGUAUGGUGCCGCCGGUACAGACUCCGUGUCCGGUUAAGGCCGGUCCGCAGAAAACCAGACCCACAACGCAAUGCAACGAGUGGAGAGGGUAAUAAUGUCAUUGAAAUAGUUAUGGGUUUUCGGGUCAAAUAGAUUUUUCUCCGGUUAUUUUGUUACAACUUUCGAGUUUCGAGGGUAUAAAGAAAAACUAUUCGUUUAUUCGUUGGUGACUUUGUGAAUGAGAACCAUAAUGCAAUGUAUGUUUAAUUUAUUCGUACGGCUUCGAAUAAAACGAGCAAGACCUAUGUAUUAA